AUGGGAGACAAAUUACAAGGAGGUGAGCAAGCCAAUUUGGCUGCUAUGUUGCAAACCCUAAUGCAAUGCAUGGAUACUAUGAAUACUAGGUUUGAUGCUUUGGCUAAUGAUGUCCAACAAGUAAGAGAGGGACAAAAUCAACAAGCUCAACCUCCUCAACAAAGAGGCAAUGCCGCAAACAAUGAAAGAGUUCAACCUCCACCGCCAAGACAAGUUGUUCCUAGAAUAGAUCCUAUGGAGAGAUUGAGGCAACAAGAGCUUGGGGGUCAAGCUUAUAAUGAGAAUUUGCGACCUAGGAGGGGAGUUGAAAGAGAGGAGCCUAAAGACAACAUCAAGAUUCAAGAAAAGGCUAAGAAUGUUAGUUCUAGUGUGAAUUACGUUGACAACAAAUCUGUUUUGGUGGAUAAGCAUGCUAGUUCUAAGAAAGUUGUUAAAGAGUGUAUGUUAGCUACUAAGAGUGAGAUUAAAGAAGCUUUGAAUGAUAAUUCUAUUUUGAUCUUGUUUUUGCUUAAAAAUACACUUGCUGCUACUCACAACUUGGAAAGAGAGCUUCCAAGCAACAUUGUUUCUCUUUUGAGUGAUUAUGUAGAUGUGUUUCCUGAGGAAAUUCCUAGUGGUUUACCGCCAAUUAGAGGGAUUGAACAUCAAAUUGACUUCAUCCCUGGGGCGCAAAUACCUAAUAAGCCAGCUUAUAGGAUAAAUCCUGAAGAAACAAAGGAGUUAGAGAAGCAAGUUGGAGAGCUACUACAAAAGGGUUUUGUGCGUGAAAUCCUUUCUCCAUGUGCAGUUCCUGUUUUGCUUGUUCCUAAGAAUGAUGGAACUUGGAGAAUGUGUGUUGAUUGUAGGGCAAUAAACAACAUAACGGUAAAGUAUCGUCACCCUAUUCCUAGAUUAGAUGAUAUGCUUGAUGAAUUGCAUGGUGCUUGCUUAUUUUCAAAGAUUGAUUUAAAUAAUGGCUAUCAUCAAAUUCGCAUGAAAGAGGGUGAUGAAUGGAAAACUACCUUUAAAACUAAGCUAGGGUUGUAUGAAUGCCGAAACCUAGAUGAUCAUAUUAAGCACUUACGUUGUGUGUUAGAUGUACUUAGGGUUGAGAAGUUGUAUGCUAACCUUAAGAAGUGCACCUUUUGCAUAAACAAGCUUGUUUUUCUUGGUUUUGUGGUGUCAUCUCAAGGUAUAGAAGUUGAUGAGGAGAAGAUCAAGGCAAUCAAAGAAUGGCCAACACCCACCAACGUUGGUCAAGUGAGAUCUUUCCAUGGAUUAGCCGGAUUUUAUUGGAGGUUUGUUAAGGACUUUAGCACCUUAGCCGCCCCUAUUACAAGUGUGAUGAAGAAGAAUGCACCAUUCAAGUGGGGAAAAGAACAACAAGAAGCAUUUGAGACCUUGAAGGAAAAACUAACUAAUGCUCCUUUGCUUGUUUUGCCUAACUUUAACAAUACCUUUGAGAUUGAAUGUGAUGCAUCAGGGGUUAGAAUUGGAGCUGUUUUAAUGCAAGGUGGGAGGCCCGUAGCUUAUUUUAGUGAGAAGUUGAAUGGGGCUGCAUUGAAUUAUCCAACCUAUGACAAAGAGUUGUAUGCUCUUGUGAGAACAUUACAAACAUGGCAACACUAUCUUUGGCCUAAAGAGUUUGUGAUUCACAUCGAUCAUGAAAGCUUGAAGUAUUUGAGAGGCCAACAAAAGUUGAAGAAACGACAUGCUAAGUGGAGUGAGUUCAUUGAGAGUUUUCCUUAUGUAGUGCGUUACAAACAAGGUAAAAAGAAUGUUGUAGCCGAUGCUUUAUCAAGGAGGUAUGUCUUACUUUCAAUGCUUGAUUCUAAGUUUCUUGGAUUUGAGUUUAUUAAGGAAUUGUAUGCUAGUGAUGUUUACUUUGGUGAAAUCUUUAAAGCAUGUGAAAAUUCUGGAUUUGGAAAGUAUUAUAUGCAUGAUGGAUUUUUGUUUAAAGAAUCUAGAUUGUGUGUGCCUUCUUGCUCAUUGUGUUAUGUUCUUGUGAGGAAUCGCAUGAAGGGGGGUUUAAUGGGUCACUUUGGAGUUGAUAGAACAUAUGAGAUAUUGCAUGAACACUUCUUUUGGCCUAAGAUGCGAUAUUAUGUAGGAAAGCAUGUUUCUAGUUGCAUUGUUUGUUUGCAAGCUAAAUCUACAUCUAAACCUCAUGGAUUGUAUACUCCUUUGCCUAUUCCUUAUGAACCAUGGGCACACAUUAGCAUGGAUUUUGUGUUAGAAUUACCUCGUUCUAAGAGAGGUAAAAAUUCUAUCUUUGUGGUUGUUGAUAGGUUUUCUAAGAUGGCACACUUCAUUGGAUGCACUAAAACGGAUGAUGCCAUUAAUGUAGCUAAUUUGUUCUUUAAAGAGAUUGUUAGAUUACAUGGAAUGCCUAAGACGAUUGUGAGUGAUAAAGAUGCUAAGUUCUUAAGUCACUUUUGGAGGACAUUAUGGGCUAAGUUAGGUACAAAGUUGUUAUUUUCAACUACUUGUCAUCCUCAAACCGAUGGCCAAACUGAAGUAGUUAAUAGGACUUUGUCAACCUUGCUUAGGGCAUUAAUUAAGAAGAACUUAAGAAUUUGGGAGGAUUGUUUACCUCAUGUUGAGUUUGCAUACAAUAGGAGCAUACAUAGUACUACUGGAUAUUCACCUUUUGAAACUGUGUAUGGCUUUAAUCUUUUAAUCCCAUUGGAUUUGUUGAGUUUACCUUUGAGUGUGCAAGUCGAUGGUGAAAGAAAGGCCGAUUUUGUUAAGGAUCUUCAUGCUAAGGUUAGAGCUCAAAUUGAGAAGAAAACACAACACUACAUGAAGGUUGCUAACAAGGGGCGUAAAGAGGUCAUCUUUGAACCUGGAGAUUGGGUUUGGUUGCAUCUAAGGAAGGAGAGAUUCCCUGAAAAGAGAAAGUCUAAGCUCCUACCUCGUGGAGAUGGUCCAUUCCAAGUCUUGGAGAGGAUCAACAACAAUGCCUACAAGCUAGAUCUUCCUAAUUUGAGGACAAAUCCUUUUCAAGGGAGAGGGGAUGAUGCGCCAAGGGCUUAUCAUGGACAUGAAGAACAAAAUGGAGAUCAUGUAGGGGAUGAUCAAGGAUUGCAAGGAAGCAUGGACAAGCUUAAAGGAGAGGAUGGAAUCGUAAGGUUUCAUGAAGAUGCCAAUGGAAUCGCACCAAAGAUGCCAUUAGGUGAUGAAAUCGCACCAAAGAUGCCAUUUGAUCCUUUGAAGAUGCCUUUAGGUCCGAUGACAAGAGCAAGGGCUAAGAAGUUCAAAGAUGCAUUAACAAGCUUUGUUCGAACUCAUCUUGAAGGCUUGAAGUCCAUUGAAGAUCAAUUGGGAAGCAUUGAAAUCGACAUGAUCAAGAAUAUUCCCAACGAUUCCAAGCUUUGCACUUUACUUGAAAUCGUUGAACCUAGAGCGUACAUUGUGUCUUCAUCGACAAUGAACUUAACUGGUAAUAUGAUUUUACAACCACCCCAUGACGCCCGUGUUCUAGCUGGUAGCUGCGCUCGCAUCAUUGGUUACCCCUUCAAGAUUGACUUUGUCCUCAAGAUCCAAGCUAGGAUAGGUGCUGCACAACUCGAUGGCGUAGAACACUCUUCGACUCUAGUAUUGGAGAGAUUUCACCCUUGUAUUCCUUCAGCAAGGAGACAUGGAAAACAGGAUGAAUCCUUGAGCUAUCAGGCAAGGCAAGCUGAUAGGCAACUAGUCCAAUCUUUCUCAAAAUACGAUAAGGCCCAAAGUACUUAUUGCCCAACUUCGAAGAAGGGUGACAGGAUACUGAAUGUUGUCGAUAUGGUUGAAGUUUGA